GCAGGCAUCAGCAGACUAACAGCUGCACCUGGAAGUCAAGAAGACACACAACUUAAGUUCAAGUUCCCAAGGUUGGAAACAUGUCCUCAAAUGUAACGGCAGUGGCUGGUCUGGGUCGACCUUUCACUCUCGGGAUGCUCUACAAUGCUCGCAAAGACGAACUGAUUCCAGGUUUCGCCUUAUGGGACGAUAAAACUUUACAGGGGCACACAGUUGAGAACUCUCACAAGAGCAGUGCAUUUGAAGUUUCUGCCUCUGACUCCACUGAAGCCAAGUGUUCUCUCCUGGAUAUUGAAGCUUCUCUGAAGGCCAGUUUUCUGGGUGGACUGGUAGAAGUUGGAGGAUCUGCCAAAUAUCUGAAUGAUCAAAAGAAAUUCAAGAAUCAGAGCAGAGUGACCUUUCAGUACAAAGCUACCACCAGCUUCAAAGAGAUGCCAUUGACCAACCUUGGUACCUUAAAUGAACAACAGAGAGUUGUUUUAGAGAAAAGCUUGGCUACACAUGUAGUCACCGGCAUCCUCUACGGGGCAAAUGCCUUCUUUGUGUUUGACAGUGAGAAGUUAGAUGCCAGCAGUGUUCAGGACAUCCAGGGCAGCAUGCAGGCUGUGAUCAAGAAGAUCCCAGCAUUUGAUGUUAAGGGUGAAGCUAAAAUUAAUCUGAGUGAUAACGAAAAAGACCUGGUAAGUAAAUUCUCCUGUAAGUUCUAUGGAGACUUCAUUCUUGAAAGAAAUCCUGCGACAUUUGAAGAGGCAGUGAAGACCUAUGUAGAACUGCCGAAGAUACUGAGAGAAAUAGAUAAAAAUACUGUUCCUCUGAAGGUCUGGCUGAUGCCACUGGUGAACUUUGAUUCUAAUAAUGCUCAGCUGAUGAGUGAGAUCAGCAUUGGCCUGGUGAGGGAGAUUGAAGAUGCUCUAGAAGAUCUGAAGGACAUGAAAGAGAGAUGCAAUGAUUCUCAGGCUGAUGUGGUAGGAAAGAAUUUCCCCCAGAUUCGAGAACAACUGAACCGUUUCCAGAAGUUGUGUAAUUAUUACACAUCUAAACUCAAACAGACUGUAGCAGAGAAACUUCCCUCCAUCCGUGGAGGUAAAGAGGAUGAGAGCUCAUUGAAGCAACUCUUUGUAGACAGAGACAAGUCACCAUUCAGUCAUGAGAAACUGAGCGAGUGGCUCGACUAUAAAGAGAGAGAAAUCAACAUCAUCAGGUCCUGUUUAGAGAUAAUGGGAGGUGUAAAGAUCGUCCCAAAUCAGUCUGAACUGGACAGAGAAGUUCUUGCCGCAGGUGUAGUUCAAUCUCUCUGCUUUGUUUUCACCUCUUUGGGAAGUGCUGAUCCGUGCCUUGAUGCAAUGUGUGGCUGGUUGGAUUCACUUAAAUUAGGAACUGCCGGUGAAGAGCCAUGGUUCUUCUCAGAUCAGGUGUUGGCCAAAAUGAGAGAAGAUGCAAAAACUUUCAACGAGCUUUACAAAACGUUGAAGAACAGCAGCCAAUUCCGUUUCCUGGUAGCACCUUUACAGAAUAAGAACUACAAAGGAGCCACCAUCUACCAUUACAAGGAGGGACAACCGACCAGUCAAAAUUUUUCAAAACCGAUUAUUUCUAAUGUCACGACUGCAAGUGAUCGAAGGGAUUUUCUUUGGUAUUACUGUGAUCUCACACUGGACCCAUACAAUGCAAGCAGCUGGCUCAUUCUGUCUCAGGGAAGCAAGAAGGCAACAUGUGGAAGCUGGCAAGCGUAUCCUGAUAACCCAGACAGGUUUGAUCCACGUCCUCAGGUUCUGUGCAAAGAGGGGCUGUCCGGCCGACAUUACUGGGAGGUAGAGUGGAGUACUGGUUAUCAGAAUGAGGUUGGCGUAGGUGUUACGUACAGGAGAAUUGGAAGGAAGAAAGACAAACAAGACUCAGGGCUUGGUUCUAAUGAAAUAUCCUGGUAUUUUGGUGAGAAAAGUGGGCUCGAGGCGUGGCAUAAUGGUAAAAUUUGGAAUGGCUCCACUCCUUCUACUGGAUGCAGCAGAGUUGGGGUGUAUCUGGAUUGGAUUGCAGGCACUUUGUCUUUCUAUAAUGUCUCCUCUAGUGGAAACACACUGAGUCACCUUUACACCUUCCAUGACAGAUUCACAGAACCUCUUUACCCAGGAUUUUAUGUCUAUCACACAGACAACUAUGCGGCCUUGUGUCCACCUUAGUCAGAUGAUAAAGCACCAGGUUGCACAGCAACAACAUUACACUCAGUUUUAGGCACACUGUGAACAAAUUUCCAGUUUAAAAAAUUUUUUUUAAAGUGAUGACAUAGGAACAUUUUAAAGUGAUUUUGAAAAAUUAAUACAGCAGAAUUGUGCAUUUAGAGCUUUAGUAUUAUAAGUUAAAACAGACCAUCUGGUAAUUGCUUGAUUAGCUACUCACUGAAACACCAAAACAGGUAGCAGAAAAUUUGAGUUAGCUCUGCCAAUCAGGAAACUUUGUGAAGGUAGAUCAGUUCCUUGUUACUUGGAGUCAGAAAGUGGAAGGCAACAGCUGUCCAACAGUUCGACAUGAACAAAUUGAUUCCAGUUACCUUUCAGUGGAAAGCAUCCCAGGCUGAACAACCUGAAGCCAAUUUGAUCACAUUUGCUGUACACUGGUAGCUCACUGAUGCUGUCACUACCUGAUUGUGAGUGUGCAUGCAUCUGUGCCAUCUGCUUCUGGGUAAUAAGUAAAUAAUGUCUGUUAUAGAGCUUUAUGAUUGGCAGAGUUAAUUUGAAAUUUCAAAUUAUUAACCCAAAAUCUUGACUUAUUUACCUGAUAUUUCAAGCUAUGGAUGACUUUUUUUUUUCCAGUGGCAGAAACAAGCUUCUAUACCUUUGUCUUAGCAUCUGUUUAUCUUCCCCAGUGUGUGCAUUCCUGUUUUUGUUUAUGCAUUAUAGACUUCAUAAUUAUGGACAAUUCAGCCUAACUAAAGGUUUGUCUUUUGAUAAUUUCAUUGUUUUAUGUUCUGCAUUUGGGUCUACUUUUGAACUGGAACAUGAUAUAUAGCCUGUUUUUUGUUUGGUUUUUGUUGUUGAUUUAAUAAUUUUUUAUAAUAAAUCUGUGAUGUUAUGGUGAGAUUUAAAGUUCCUUCCUUUAACUUGGUAUCUAUUGCUUUGUAUCUUUUUUUAAAUAUUAUUUUUCAAACAUAUUUUUUUUAUUUUAUUAUGUCUUUUCUCAGAAACAUACUGUAUGUUGUCCCUAAUAAAAACAUUCAGGUUUUGGUGUCUUUAAAAACACAUUAAGACAUUAUCUGUGUAAAAUAUGCAAUUGGUCAUCGUAGUGGUUGCCUCUUUAAGUUCACUUUUUGUAUAUAACCUAACUUUUCAUAUAACUGUGUCAAAAAAAAAAAAAAAUCACAAUAAACUGCAAUGUUUCAUCAA